AUGUUUCGGAGGAAGAAAGUGAACAUGGCGAUCCCCGCAAAACUUCCAUUCUCCAAGCGGCGGCUCCGCCCGCGUGUUAUUGUUUCCUACAUCUUCGACUAUGUGAUCAUUAUUGCCUGCGUUGUCGGCUUCUGGAUCCUCGACUCGAUCGAGCCGUAUCAUCAGCAUUUCUCCCUCACCAACACCUCCAUCCAGUAUCCCUACGCCGUACACGAACGAAUUCCGAUCCCUUAUGCCCUUUGCAUUUCCGGUGCAUUUCCGAUCGCUCUUAUCCUCGUCUACACCCUAUUCAUCGACGGCUUAUUCUCGCACAACAAGCCGCAGGACGCGGUGUCUGGGAAGCGGAAGCUGAGAGGUCCACAUCGCUGGAAGGACAGACUGUGGGAGCUAAACUGUGGUGUUCUCGGCUUGUUGCUAGCCCAGGGUCUAGCUUUUGUGAUCACACAGGCGCUGAAGAACGCAUGUGGGAAGCCGAGACCCGACAUCAUCGAUCGUUGCCAACCGCGCGAUGGCAGCAAGGACCUUUUUCCUGGAUUGUCGAACUCCUCUAUCUGUACCGGCGAUCCGGCGUUGCUUAAAGAUGGAUUCCGAUCGUGGCCAUCCGCCUCUUUCGCCGGUCUCUUCUACACAUCGCUCUGGUUAGGUGGAAAGCUACACAUCAUGGACAACCGCGGCGAGGCCUGGAAAGCCCUUCUCGUCACAGUUCCGAUCCUUGCAGCGACACUCGUAGCCGUGUCGCGUAUUAUGGAUGCGCGCCACCACCCCUUCGACGUGAUCACCGGGUCCAUGCUGGGAAUCGCCUGUGCCUUCGUCGCAUACCGCCAGUACUUCCCACCGCUCAGCGAAGCCUGGCGCAAAGGCCGCGCCUACCCAAUCAGAACCUGGGGUACCGACCCUUCCAUGCCAAAUGCCGCUCGGCUCGUCAAUUCCAGUGGCGAAAGCUCGACUGCUCUCCGUAAUACGGAAAACGAGCGCAUGAAUCAACCCGAACUCCCCAUCUCAGAACGCGUUAGCCCAAACGCUUCUCCAUACCUCAACUCUAACCCCUAUGCAUCCAACAUGUACAAUCGUCGCCCACAUGACCAUGAUGCUGAUGGAGGGAAUUGGUCUUCCAGCGAGGACGACGUCACCGAUGGGUACGAGAUGGGACAGGGCUAUAGUACGGGGCAGAGCCGCAGUGCCGGCCACCAAACUCCUCAGUAUGGCUCUAGUACUGCCUACGUAUCCCAGACGCAACCGUUGACUGCUGACGUGGGACUUCAUGCUCCCCGGAGUCCCAUCGAUGCAAUGGCAGGCCCCGGGCGCCCGUUGACGGGUAUGCCUGGCCAGGCCAUCUAG